AUGCCGUCCAACGAGCUCUUCGGUAGUGAGGGUGUCACUGUGGACCACAGCCAAUGUGCCUUCAAGGCGCGCAGGCUCCGAGUCGUGUGCAUUGGUGCAGGAUUCUCCGGCCUGAACUUGGCCUAUAAGCUCAAGCACGAUCGGACUCUCGAUUUCGUGGAUUUUACCCUCUACGAGAAGAACGAGGAGGUUGGAGGUACCUGGCUCGAGAAUGUGUACCCUGGGGUAGCAUGUGAUGUUCCUGCUCACAGCUAUGUCUUUCCCUUCGAACCGAAUCCGUCCUGGUCAAAGUGCUAUGUCGGUGGAGACGAGAUCGAGCAGUACAUAAUCAACACGGUGAACAAGCACGAACUCAAGGAAAAAAUCGUGUUCAAUACCCGGUUGAUCAAGUCCAUCUGGAAUGAAGAGCGAGGAAAAUGGAGCCUCGAAUUGGAGCAGAAUGGUACUACCGCCAUCCAAGAUGAAGCAGACAUCCUUAUCAAUGCAUCUGGAAUUCUCAACCGGUGGAGAAUGCCAAACAUUGACGGCCUGGACCAAUUCAGUGGAAAAGUUAUUCACACAGCGGGUUGGGAUAAGUCCUAUGAUUGGGCUGGCAAGAAGAUCGCAGUCAUCGGCAAUGGCUCAUCAGGAAUUCAAAUCGUGCCUUCGCUGCAGCCAAAAGCCGCAAAGGUUGUCAACUAUAUACGGCAUCCUACAUGGGUAUCUGUCAAUCUGUGUCCUGGCAUCACCAAGGACGGAAUGGGAACCAACUUCGAGUACAGCGAGAAGGAGAAAGCGCAGUUCAAGACCAAUCCGGAGGCUUUCCUGGCCGAAAGAAAACAAAUUGAGUGCUCGGUCAACUCUGUCUAUCGGCUGAUGCUUUCCGGCUCUAAACUAAACAGAUUUCUGCACAACGCGACCGAGGAACUCAUGCGACAGCGGCUUAACCAAAAUCCUGAGCUGAUUGAGAAGCUCAUUCCUAAGACGGCAAUUGGAUGUCGCCGAUUGAGCCCCGGCGAUGGAUAUCUCGAGGCUAUGCAAGAACCCAAUGCCGAGUGGUGCUUCGACGAGAUCAAGAAGGCUACAGAAACAGGUAUCAUCACAGAAGGAGGCGAGCAGGAUUUUGACCUGAUUGUCUGUGCAACUGGCUUUGACACCACAUUUGCCCCGGGAUGGGAGCUUGUUGGUCGCGACGGUCGGCGACUAGAUAUGGAAUGGAAGAAGACACCAGAGGCAUACUUUUCCAUAUGCGCCGGUGGCACUCCGAACUACUUCAUGUUUGCUGGUCCAAAUUGCCCAAUUGGCCAUGGUAGCGUGCCUCAAAUGCUGGCCUGGACUGCUGAUUAUAUGCUCAAAUGGAUCAAGAAGAUGGCCCGCGAAGAUAUCAAGUCAAUCGCAGUCAAAGAUUCUGUUGUCUAUAGCUAUAACCGUAGGGUACAGGCUAAUCUGAAGCACACGGUGUGGAGUACUGGCUGCAAUGCCUGGUAUAACAACGGACGCGUUGUCACAGCAAUGUACCCGGGCAGUGUACUUCACUACAAAGAGGCCAUUGAGAACAUUCGUGGCGAAGAUUUUGAUAUCCGUUAUAAUAACAAUUUGGAUCCUUUUUCAUAUCUCGGCAAUGGCGAACUUGAAUGGGAGAGAGACGAGGGAGCUGAUUUGGCGUUCUAUUUAAAAUAA